AACCAACUGUUGCCACUGGGUUAACACCAUCUCUGAAGAGACAUUUGGAUGAAAUCAAAACCGAAAUAAGUUCAGUACGUUAUGAAGUAAGGAGAACACGACUUAAUACAGAGAUCUGGCUUAGUGCUCCUUCUACCACUACGGAAACUGAUAAGGGCAUUUAUGUGAGAAACCAUGGUACCCAGAUGUCCUUCCCAAUUCAACUGACCGCGACGACCCGGAGACAAGCACUUGGAAGGUUUAAUAGCCCGCCUGGCGCCGAGGUCCCAGAAAAAAUAUUACAAGAAUAUUUUAUUGACGAAUGCAAAGCAUUAUCAAGGAGUACAAAACUUGUAGUUGAAGACUCCCAUUCUAUUCCGUUGCUGGCUACUCGAAAGCCAGACUUCGCUUUCAUCCAAAAAGGGAGUCCCUUAAACGCAUUAGAUGUCGUAGCUGUUGGUGAGAUCAGAAAAUGCGCCGGCAAUAAAUUCUCAAAUGCAGAUAUAGGACACGCGGUGUCAUUUGGCGAAAAAGUACUUCAAAUUCAACCUCGGAGAACCUACGUAUAUGUGGUGUUGACAGAUUGCAAGGUUAUUUGUAUCUUUAAGGUGAAGAAGCACGACAGUAAUACCCAUGACAACAUCCGAUUCUCGUAUGAAUACACACCACCAUAUAAGCUAACUUACGAAAUCAAGGGUACCCCUCCACCUGGGUGGCGACACCUCGUAACGGUUAUGGAAUGCUCUCCGGAUCAGCUUGGAUGGAUCGAGCCAUCGUUAAACUUCGGUUCAGAUACUGUCACAUUGGUUCGACCCAUCAGUACAGGAAGGACUAGCAUUGUAUAUGAAGGAAAGCUUAAUGAUGGGAUAUCUGUGGUAGUGAAAAUAGCAAAAAGCGACAAAUAUUGGUCUUGUUUUGAAAAGGAAAAAGCAGUACUGGAAGCUUUAUCGAGUUUGAACUCGUCUCAUCUUCAGACCCUCCUCCUGGACAAUGAGGGCACCCUUGUUACAACUCCUCUUUGUACGAAAGUAAAUAAUCUCCGAAAAGAGGAUAUCGGAAACAUUAUCAACACCCUCAAGACUCUCCAUUCAGAAUUCAAUCUUGUACACAUGGAUCUUCGAAAAUACAACUUUCUCCGUAGUGACAAAGGUGACAUCUUGAUUAUCGAUUGGGGAUAUAGCGCAACAAUAGACGAAACUGGGCCUUUUGCGGGCGCACUUGAAUGCAUGCCCAACGAUAUCCUGGCAUCAUUGGCCGACGGGGGACAGAUAACUUAUUCAGGGAGAAUUGACUUGAUAUGUUUGGCAAAGGCGUUUUACCUGAUGCUUCAUAAACCGCCAAAUGUGGAGAGAAUUUCCUUUGGAGCAAGUCAUAACAUCAGCUCACGGGCGCAAAAUAUAUUGGCUUUUUGGGAGUCUAAUGCCGAAUCAGAAUUGUGGAAUAAAAUUUUUCAAGACGCAGAGGGCUUGAG